ACGUUCGUGUGUCGUUUUAUCCUGAAUUCAUUGAGCCAUUAACUUUUUUUCCCGGAAAAUCAGCUCAAACCGGCAAGCGCGGUGAUGUAUUUUGCAGAAUUCACCUAAAAUUAGCCCAAAACAACGGAACCGAGUCGGAAAACACCGAAUGUAUAUGAAAGCCCCAUCAACACACUGGAGGACAGGGUGGGUUUGAUUCAUAUAAAACGUCGUUUUCGUUUUUAAUAAGCUGAAGUAGUUGACGAACUAACACAGUCCGGCCACCGAGUCCGCGUGACGUUUCUCCGAUUAUUUAUUGUUAAACCUUCUAUAAAUUAAAUGUGCGCGAAAUAAAGUGGCUCCCAUAUUGUGGGUCACAUUCACACAUUUCAAGAGGUGUCGGUGUAAUGUAUGAGCUAUAGAUCUAAACGAUUAAAACGUUAUAGUAUAUAAACCAGCAGCUCCUAUGCUGGGUGUUCUGAGAGAAGAGCUCGGCUGUUAGGAAAGUUGCCAACGACCCAAAGACCAGCUUUACCGACCAGAACCCACCGGUACCAUGGCCAGGUUAAACAUAUCGAUCUGUGUAUGCAUUCCCGGUGGUUUAAUGCGUUCUGGAUCCGAUUGACAUAUAAAGACUGUGAUCAAACUGGGCUGGAUGCUUUAAACGCUCGCGCAUUCUUUUGUUAUCUCUCUGUUGGCAGGGAAACGCGUAUCCCGUCGGUUUGUUUUCCCUCAUUUUUGCACCCUUCACUUAUCAAGUCAUCAAUUUAGUUCAGGCUGUUAUCGGGCUGAUGCACAGUUAUAUUUCUAUCGCUCCGGCUUGUUCUGUUAUUCACAUUUUCAGGCUGGAUGGUGUUUCAGUCAGAACGCCAUUUUGAAUCUCUUCACUUUAAGGGUUUUCUCUUCACAUCUACUGUAAACCCGCUUCACAGAACUUUUAAUUAGACUGUCACAUAUUUGUGAUUAAACUUAAGUUGAUAAAGCACGUUAAUAACCUUUUUUGUUUUAACUUUGCGCUCAAGUUGGCGAUUGAGCGCGUGACGCUUUAACUCUCUCGCGCGCUGGCAGUUUUCUCUCAUGAAUGACAUUCAAAUGGAACAUUAUUUCGUUUUUGAUUUUAUAAUAAUAUUAAUUAUUAGUUUCUGAUAGUCAGCUGUGGACUCUUGAAGAUGCGGUGUCUUUGUUACACUUGUAUUGGAUUGUAACAGAAUUGCAUCAUAUAGUAGACUGCUGUGAUGAUGAAAUGUGAAAUUUGAUUUCCGCUGACCUGGACAAUGAACUCGGCACUGUAUUAGACGAGCACUUACAUCACAGCUAUGCAUGACGUCAGAUAUAAGGCAGCCGAGUCACUUGCAAUACCUGUUAAAUACGCUGGACCCAGAGCAGACUGGUUUUAUAGCAGUGGAAAAUUUCACCAGUCUAGCUGAGCACCAUGAGUUACAGCUGGACCCCAGUAAACUGGAGAUGCUGCUGGCACUGGUACAGAGCAACGAACACGGACACGUCUGCUACCAGGAACUCAUAGAACUGCUGAACAGCAAGCGUUCCAGUAGUUUUCGCCGAGCCAUUGCAAAUGGGCGUCGCACGCUGCAGCGAGAGAUCCUAUUGGAUGAGACGGGGCUGGGCGUGUACAAGCGCUUCGUGCGCUAUGUGGCCUAUGAGAUUCUGCCAUGCGAGACGGACCGCCGAUGGUACUUCCAUCAGAACAGACUCUGCCCACCUCCUGUGUUCAUGGCCAUCAUAACCAUUGUACAGAUCAUAGUGUUUAUGUGUUACGGCGUGAUGCUCAAUAAAUGGGUGUUGCAAACCUACCAGCCGGAUUUCAUGAAGAGCCCGCUGGUGUAUCAUCCCGGACACCGCGCACAAAUCUGGAGGUUCUUCAGCUACAUGUUCAUGCAUGUUGGGUUAGAGCAGUUGGGUUUCAACGCUCUUCUCCAGCUGAUGAUUGGAGUUCCUCUGGAGAUGGUUCAUGGGAUCCUGAGGAUCAGUCUGCUGUAUAUGGCAGGAGUCGUCGCUGGUUCGCUGACGGUGUCCAUCACGGAUAUGCGAGCUCCAGUGGUGGGCGGGUCCGGCGGGGUCUAUGCACUUUGCUCAGCACAUCUCGCCAAUGUUGUCAUGAACUGGGCUGGUAUGAAGUGUCCAUACAAGUUGCUGCGGAUGAUUCUUGCACUUGUUUGCAUGAGUUCUGAGGUGGGCCGUGCCGUAUGGUUGCGUUUUUCGCCGCCCCUCCCCUCUUCCGGACCGCAGCCCAGUUUCAUGGCUCAUCUGUCGGGCGCAGUGGUGGGCAUCAGCAUGGGGCUGCUGAUCUUGCGGAGCUAUGAGGAAUCUCUGCAUAAACAGUGCUCCUGGUGGGUCCUCAUCUUCUCCUUCAUCACCUUCCUCCUCUUCGCCAUCUUCUGGAACAUUUUCGCUUACGAGCUGCUCGGGGUACAGAUCCCGCCCCCUCCCUGAUGACACGCCCCCUGGUGGGUGCAGAAAGCCACGCCCCCUGUCUGAUACAGGCCCGACCUCAAUCUACUCCGCUCGACCAGCAGUGGAGAAAAGGAUGUAAAAAUACGGAAGGAAGGAUUUCUGCGGCGUGAAAUGAGAAACGCAUACUCACAUUCCAUACAGAAGCAGUGAACAUAAACAGCGUGGUAUUUUUAAUGAACACUCUGAGGCAGCUCAAGGGUCCGGCGAGCUUAUUUGAACAGAAACAUGCACACAAACACACACACACGCAUACACACACGUACAUCAGAUUUGUUUUUCUCUCUUUGUGUGAAUUUCAGCCCAAGGCUCAUUCAUGAUGCCUUUCUGUAUUGUUUUGAUUUGACAGCCUCAUCUAAGCCUGUUAUGCAUUACAGAUACCAUCCGUAGUAGAUGAAACGCCGUCACUUGAACCAGGAAUCUCGCUGACUAAAAACAAAGCCUUACGCUUGAAGACACGGCAAAGUCCUCACUGAGGUAGGGAGUUGAUGUUUGUUGUUGGAUAAUUACGGAUUGUAAAUCUCUUGCUUUACUUUGUUCCUCAGCUGUACACACAUUUGUAGACGCUACAUCCAAGAGGACAGAAACAUUAGCUCUGUCCCAAAUCAUAGUGGGCUGGCGACUUAGGCAGCGUGUUAUACGUGUGCAUUAUGUUGCCUUCUAAGAUAACCUCUUUUUGCCAAAUGUGAACGUAGCAUUAUGUGUCAGAGAAAGUAGCCGCAGAAUGUAUUGCAACAAGCUCCAAAAUGUACACAGUACCAUUCAAACGCUUGGGGUCAGUAAGAUUUUUUUUAAAGGGGACCUAUUAUGCCCCUUUCACAAGAUGUAAUAUAAGUCUCUGGUGUCCCCAGAAUGUGUCUGUGAAGUUUCAGCUCAAAAUACCCCACAG